ACGAGGAUGUUCGCCAUGACGUCAAACAGUCAUCAUAGGAAGUUUUCCAGACAUCUUGCCUAUAUAAAUCCAAAGUCUUGAUAGUAUUUCAAUACGAGAAAUUGGAUCGGCUCAUUCGUGAAGAUUAUCGAUCAUGCCAACUCUCACUGGGUCCUGCUUUUGUCGAAAUAUCCAAUAUAAGCUGUCUCUCGACUCAAUCGACGAUGUACGAGCCUCGCUUUGCCAUUGUCACAACUGCAAAAAGGCAUUCGGUACAAAUUAUGGUCUGACUGCCAAAGUACCAAAAGACUCGCUCCAUAUUACCAAAGGGAGCCCCAAGCAACAUGUCUCGGAUAACGGCUCGGGGGCGCUGAUUCAUAGGGAGUUCUGUGAUAACUGCGGCAGUUUCAUUCUCGAGUAUGGAGUAAGCGUCGCAUUGAUGCGAACUUGAACUGGAACAAGAAAGACUUACUCCUGUUCAACGUAGGAUGCUGUAAAAGGGAAAUUUCGAUAUAUCACCGUCGGGUCGCUGGAUGAUCCAGAGGCUCUGCCUCCAAAGGGCGAGUUCUUUUGCAAGGAUAGAGCGAGUUGGAUGCCUGAAAUUCCUGGUCAGUAGGCCUCAAGUUUCUUGAUGCGUGCUAAGAGGAUUAUGACAGAUGUGUUUCACAAACGGAUGAU